UUGGUUUAUCGAGUUCAGCGCAACACCAGGAGUCAGAUGAAGGUUGUACAUCUAGACAGAUUGACGAAAUAUCAUGGGCGUGAAGUUGAUCGGGACGAUCAACCUUAAGAGGAGGGUAGUGUAACAGAAUUUAUCCAUUUUGGAUCGCUUUUUGAUCAAUCGGGUGCAGGGGUCACGCCCUUCUGCUCUUUCUAUAUUCAUUCUAAUAAUGCUUUUUCAAUUUUUUUGUUGUCCACUAAACAAAAACGUAAAUAAAUAAAAGUGUUUUGGGGUUAACAGGCUCUGAAAUUUUGAGCAAGAACUGCGCAGAAGUACAAUCGGGUAUCAAUUUCAGAUGGGGUGCCCUAAUUUGUCGCCCUCGGAGUACUCCCUCAGAGAUCCGUUUCGUCACGGACCAGACGGGGAGUGGGGAGUGCUCUGGGAGCAGUAAAACCGAAAACGCUAUUCACACUGUCGAAAAAAAAGUGGAAGCGACUGUCAUCUGUCAUAAAAAUUUUCAUCGUUUUCGAGAAAUUCCAGACCUAAGAAGGAAUGAUAAAUUGCAAAGCUCCUCGCUUUGUACUUGCUCAAAAUUGAAUACAACGUGCUAUGGAUAGAAGAAUUGACGAGAGAUUCCGUAAACCAAGACGUACUAGAGGUACCCCGUUUCACGUACAAAGGAACUACUGGGCGGGCGGUAUAAUUGCUUUGGGGGGACUCACUUGGUACUUGUGGGAAUUGUUGCCUCAAACAAAGAAGUUCAGAAAACUUGUGUUAGAAAAGACAGGAGAAGAUCCUGAUGUAAUAAAGGCAAAGGCUUUCCAAUAUAAUGCUGGAAUAAAAGAUCCGGCUCUCGCUUCUUUAAUAGGUAAAUUGAGAGAGAGGGAAGCAUACAAAAACGAACCUCCAACUGAUUCUGCAUUUUUCAACUUUUUCCGGCCAACCAAAAUAAUUGGUCUUAGCGACACUGACGAUGAAUAAAAAUAGGUUUGUUAUUUUGUAGUAGAUAUUGGUUGUUAGUAAAUUAUUAGAUGUAGUCAAAUAAAUGAAUUAUUAUAGAAUUUGCAGGCUUUUUUUGAACUCUCUUCAUAUUUUUUCCAGCUCCAAAUCCAAAACUGCAACAUCAAAAAAAAAGCAAAAUCAAUCAGUUUCUAAAUAUUUCCAAUCAAAAAAAGAGUUGAAAAACGACGACUCAAGCCAAAAAUCAACUCCUAAAAAAUCAGAUCCGAAAAAUAAAUUCAACGAUUCAGCUGAUGAUUUUAGAUCGCCUAUGCCAAUUGCAAAAAAUAGAAAUUUAACAUGGAAGCUUAACCAGCCAAAACAAAAAACCAACAAAAAAUCAAAAAGCAAAGCUAAAAACUGCACUUUAGAAAUAAUUAAAGAUAACUUUGAAGGAGGAGAUGAAAAUCCUGAGCAUUUACAAAUGGCAAUUGCUUUGUCUAAGUCUUCUUAUGAAGCAGAGUAUGGACAUAAUUGUGAGUUGCAGAAUAAUGUACCAGACAUCGGAGAAAUUUUACAGAAUGUCAAACCAACAAAUCUGGAACGCUUUGGUUUCAAAAAAAGCAAGCCCACCAUCGCAGUUGAAUGUAGAAAUUUACAAAAACCUGAGGUUUCUAGAAAAGGGAGAGGCGGUUUAAAAUAUAUUACUCCAAUACUUGAUAUUCGCACUCCUGAAGAACGUGAAUCAAUAAUUGAAUCUAAAAUAACUUUUAUUUCGAGUCAACCGAAUAUUGCAAUUAAGAAACCAUCUAAAAGUUUGUUAACUAGCUUGAAACUACAAGAAGUUAAAUCUGAAAAUUACACAAUUUUUGGUUUGGAUAAUUUAUAUGGAAAAAAUUGUUUUUAUGUAGAAGAUUUAUUAUUGGAAAAAAAUCAAAACAAAUGUGGAUUUUUGUUGAAAGAUUGGAGCUUGAUACCAGGAAGAGAUAAAUCGCCACCAAAAAUACCUUCACAUAUUACAGAAAAUUCUGAUAAAAGACCAUUGAAAAUGGAUCUCUGUAUAGAAUCGUUACUAGAACACAGAGAUUUGGUAAUUGAAGUCACUAAUGAAAAAUUAUCAAGAAGUCCGAAACCAUUUUCUACAAACUUGCCACCAAAUAACAUCAGAGAUGGUGCAAAAAAUAUUUCAAGAAGUAUUUAUGGAUCAUCAAUAACCACAUCAAAAGAUAGUGGAGUAUCAAGUUCAGGACAAUAUAGUUCUUUUAGCACAAAUCGCAGUAUUUCUCCAGAUCUUUUCAGUUCUGAUGAUGAAUAUGAUUAUUCUGCAUCAAAAAAUAAAAUUCAAGCUACAAGUCCUCAGGUAGAUAACAACAAUAUUGAGGAAGAUAAAAAUAAUCUAGAGAGUCUUGAUUUACGAUUAGAUGAUGAUGAUACUCCAAUAAAUCGAUCAAAUUCUUCAUUGAGGCCGGCAGGUUUUUAUAGUCUUGAUGAAUUUGAAGAUCAGAUGGAUGAAGGUGGUCUGAGUUGUGGCUUUAAAGAGCCGAAUUCAGAUGAAGAACGUGUCUCGAGUCCAAAAUGUAUUGCAAAAAACACAGAUAUUGAAUAUUCAACAUGCUCUUAUGAUGUGGGAAAAAACAUGUCUUCUCCAGAAAGCAUGACAGACCUAAGCUUCACAAAAAAUAUUUCAAUUAGAUCAGGAUCAGAAUGUUAUUCACCAAAAUCUACUGUUUCAAAUAGCCAUAGUGAAAUAUUGCAGGAUUCAUUUCAUAAUAUUGACACAGCCGAUACUAAAUCAAUUGCAAAAAAUUUGCCAAAUUUUAUUGAUGGAGGUCUUUCUACUUUUCAAAGAAGCAUGGGAGAUGUACAGUUUAAUCCCUCAGUAAAUAAUUUCGAAGAACUUAAAAAAUCCUCUUGCUCACUGUCUCUGAAUUCAAUAAGCUUUCCUAAAUCUUCUUCAAGUGAUAAUGAAAACUCCAUUGAUUCAGUAGAUACCUCGGUAGAUACAGCAAGUAUGGGAUCAAUUUUAGAAUCAGAUAAAUCUGGAAAUUUAGUUGAAAGUGAUAGAUAUCUUGGGAAGUUAGAAUUUAAAGAGACCACCUUGACACUAGAAGAUCCAGAAACAGAUUGUGCAAUAUCAUUUCACAAUCAUGAUGACAUGGUUGAAGUAGCAGCUAUGCCCAUUAAUGAUAAAACAAAUACUGCUCCAGAUUUUUCCCCAAUUGUUGAGACUUUGUUACCUCAACAAAAUCACAGUUUUAUUGAAAUUUUAGAUGAUUCUUCAUCCGAUCUUGUUUAUGAAACCAAACCUUCAAAAAGUCCAUUUUUUGAUGACUACAAAUUUGACCCUAAGAAAAGUCCCACAAAUAACUCUACCCCGCUAACAACCACCAGAUUAUCAUCAAUUAGAAUGUCAACUGCAUUUAAUUCAGCUGAAUUAAACAUUACUGAUUAUGUGACUCAAAUUCUUAAUAAAGAACAUCACAGUUUUGAUAAUCCCAAAAUUAAUGAAGAUAUGCCAUCAAGUCAAGAUUUUGUUGAUGAAGAGUUGAAUUAUUCUUGUCACUGUGCCACACCAGUAAGACCUGCCAGGGAAGUAAUUUUCGAGGAAGAUAUGCCGAAACCAGAAGCACCCCUAUCGAUUAUUGAAGCAAUAUCAACCCCAAACAAAUACAUUAUCAAAACUGAAAAUAUAACACCAAUGCCUAACUAUGAUAAAAUGGCAACACCCUCAAUAAACAAGGAACUUCAAAAAAUGGGAAUUAAGCCUUUAAAACGUGCCAAAGGUUCAAAAUUGCUUAAAUAUAUUUAUGAGUCGACUCACCCUCUUAUAGGCUCUGUAGAUUUAAUAGAAGCAUCUGAUUCAGAAAGCCAAGGAAAAAUUAUCAAAAGGAGAAAAAGAAAACAAGAAGUUGGUGUGAAAAAUGAAACUGCUUUGACUGAUGUAUAUCAUAAUCCUUCAAUUGAAAUUGUAGGAGAUUUACUUCUACAGAAUGAAAAACCGGAAAACUUGAUUUUUGAAAGAAAACAAUCUGCUAAAAUACUAUCUUGCAGAGUACCGUUACAAAUAGUCUGGCAUAAUUUUCUUAGUUGUAAUCCAACAAUCAAGGAAAAUAUCCUUUUAUACGAGCCUUUGCAUCUGGAAUCUUUGCACGAGUUACUCAAGGAACAAGGCUUUAAAUUUCAUGCCCAGGAUCUAUUAACGUUUUUAGAUAAAAAGUGCAUUACAAUACGAACAAAUCAAAAUCGAGGAAAGAAGCAUAGGUAGCAUUAGAGAAUUUUACUAGAGAGUGAUAUUUUCUCUGGUAGCUUGUUAAUUCGAUUUAUUAUCUUUGAUUUUAUAGUACUUUUAGCCUAUUUAUUUAAUUUUUUUGUCUUCAAAAUAAACUAAUAGUUUUCAUUUGUUACUGUUUUAUUGACAGAACAAAUAGGUACAUUAAUCCAACUACAAUCUUUCCAAAAAUAUCACAUUCGUUAUUAUUUUAUUAUAAAUGUAUCCAAAUUAUAUUGUAAAUUUUUUAGAUACAUUUAUGAAAAGUAAUAUUACAAUCCCUAACUUAAGCCUCUGCAGGUUUCUUCUGUUUGAUUUUAUAGUCGGAAAGGGCUGCCCUUAUAGCAUCUUCAGCCAACAUUGAACAAUGCAACUUGACGGGAGGCAAAGAUAACUCUUUAGCAAUUUCAGUAUUUUUCAAUUUCAAUGCUUCAUCGACUGACUUUCCUUUGACCCAUUCGGUUGUGAAAGAGCUGCUAGCGAUAGCAGAACCGCAGCCAAAGGUUUUAAACUUUGCCUCAACAAUUUUUCCAUCAUCGUCAACUCUAAUUUGGAGUUUCAUCACGUCGCCGCAGGCUGGGGCCCCAACUAAACCGGUGCCCACAUUCUGGUCGUUUUUGUCCAGAGAGCCAACAUUUCGAGGAUUUUCGUAGUGAUCGAUCACUUUGGGGUGAUAGGAUGCUGCCAAGAUACGGAACGGAUUGCACGAUCCGCAAAAUGAUUUCAAAAGUUGAUUACUUGGAUUUAAAGCCAUAUUUGAUUCUAGAUGAAACAGAAAUUUGAUUAUGUAAGUAAAUUAUUGAAAAAUAUACUGCGAACUUGCCUUUUGUUUGCAAAUUAUACACA